UGGAAAAACAAAAGGAAGAAGGGUAAAAGGAAUACCUCAGGAAAGCUUAAACUAAACUCUCUCAUCUAUGUAACCUCUGCAAUGCUAUGUUCUCACCUUUUUCAAUUUUUUUUCUUCUUCUUUCAAUUUUCCCAAAUUACUAGAAAAGACGAUUGAGAAGAAGAAGAAGAAGAAGAAGAAGAAUAUAUAUAAAAAAAUAAUAAUAAAAAAUAAGAGGCUCCAAAGCCACAUCUGAGAAGCAUAAUCAGGAGAAAGAAGGACAAUUUUUUUUUUUCAGGAUUUAAUUUCAGGAAAGGAAAAGAUAGAGACACCAAACAAAACAAGAAAAACCCAAUUCGACACUGUUUAUCAGGAAAUCAGAUUCCCAUUUAUUGACAGAUCUGUCUCGGUUCCUGUUAGUUCUUGUUUUGUGUAUAUAUGGGUGGUUGUCUAGGAUGCUAUAAGAGGCCCUCUUUCAAUCCUUUGGUGAAUGAGUCAUCAAAAGGAUUAAAAGUUCAAGAACAGACAGUGAGGAAAGCCAGUAUAUCAGAAGAUUUCUGGACCACUAGCACUUGUGAUAUGGAUAACAGUGCAGUGCAGUCACAAGGAAGCAUCUCAUCAAUCAGCACAAGCAACCAGACACUUGAUCUGCAUGGCAGUGCUGCAAGUGCUAAUGCCCCCUCUGAAUUUGUUAACCAUGGCCUUCUUCUCUGGAAUCAGACCAGGCAGCGCUGGGUAGGAAACAAGAAGUCUGGAAAUCGGCCACGACAGGGUCGAGAACCCAAACUAAACACUCAUUGUCUCUGCAUGGUUAAACAAUUCUGGCUUUGCAGUUGGAAUGCGACUUAUGAAAGUUUACUUGGGAGCAACAAGCCAUUCCCGCAGCCUAUUCCUCUUGCUGAAAUGAUAGAUUUUCUUGUGGACAUCUGGGAGCAGGAAGGACUCUACGACUGAGCAACAGUAUAACAAGUGCAUUUGAAAGAUGGUUAGAUAUUAAUUUCCAUGUUACUUGUUGUAACAUUUUAAUUGCUUCAAUAGGAAAAAGGCAUCAGAGCAUAGCCUGGCGUGUAUAUCAACUGUCAGAAUGGUCUUGCCUGCCUGCUGCUUCCUUUUUUCUAUUAUUUCUUUUUCCUCCCCAACUCAAUGGGCCUUUUAGACAAGCCAUUGUAUUGCAUUGAAACUAAUCCAAAAAAAAAAUGCUGGCUGCCUCAGCUG